GUUUGGAGUGACAGUGCUUAUCUUAUCGUUAGCAAGUUGGUACUGUAGCAUCAGCCUCAUUAGUCAACCGCACCAGUUAAACGGGCUUUUUCAACCAUUUUGACUGCACUAUGAAUCAAGAGAAGCUCGCCAAACUCCAGGCUCAAGUCCGGAUAGGUGGAAAGGGCACUGCUCGCAGGAAGAAAAAGGUGGUCCAUAAAACUGCAACAGCCGAUGACAAAAAGCUCCAAGGCUCUCUGAAGAAACUGUCCGUCAACAACAUCGCAGGCAUAGAGGAGGUGAACAUGAUCAAAGACGACGGUGCAGUCAUCCACUUCAACAACCCCAAAGUGCAGGCGUCUCUGUCGGCCAACACCUUCGCCAUCACGGGCCACGCCGAGACCAAGCAGCUGACAGAGAUGCUGCCCGGUAUCCUCAGCCAGCUGGGGGCUGACAGCCUCAGCAGCCUGCGCAAGCUGGCCGAGCAGUUCCCACGGCAAGCAAUGGACAUGAAAGCAGUGAAGGAGGAAAUUGCAGAGGAAGAUGACGACGCUGUGCCGGAUCUAGUGGAGAACUUUGAUGAGGCCUCAAAGAACGAAGCCAACUGAUCCUUCCCUCCCAUCAGCAGUUAUCUUUUCUCAUCUGUUGCACGCUCGCUCUCCACAUUAAAAAAGCGUUUCCUUGUGCGGGGAGACGAUUGUUUAAAGGUGCAGUUCAUCGUCAUCAUCAUCUUUUUGUGAGGGCAUGCACCAUUUCAGAAUAAAUUAGGAGGCACUGCAACAAUACACAGAAGCAGUCCGCUGACAGGCUCUUUGUCAACAGUCGGCACCCAAACGACUGUACAAACGGCUUUAAGAAGACACUUUCUACAUGCUUCUCCUCGUUGGCUAUUUAAGAGAUUCUUUAUGAAAUGGUGACAAGAAUUAAUUUUACAGACAGUGGUGAAAAUGAUUUAAUAAAAGAUUUUUUUGGAUAUGGCCACAUCUGCUUGUUCAUUAGCAUUUUCUUCCAAGGGAACAACUAAAUCUUAAGUUGAUUGGACAUACAUGGACUUCAUACACUUCAUAGUGCCCCUUUCUCUUCUUUUACACUCCCAAUGGACGAACUACCAUCACUAUUGCAGCCACUUCGACGAAAAGAAAGCAGAGGUGAGCUUAUUGUGUUGAAUUGAUAUGAUUGGCAACAUUGAAAUUGGACUUUAUUUACCCAGCAGAUCUCCUAUCAUACAGUGUUCAUUGUCUUUAUGCUAUUUUGUUCUCAUUUAAAUAUAUAUAGAUGGAUACUCUGCAGCUCUGCAAAUGUGUCCCAAUAAACGGAAUCACUUAAAAAUAAAACAAAGCAAAAUAAAGAAUAAAUAUGUAACAGAUCACUUCACUUUCAAUA